AUGUCGUUAAAGAGAAUCAAUAAAGAAUUAAGUGAUCUGGGAAGAGACCCACCUUCUUCGUGUUCCGCCGGUCCUGUGGGAGACGAUUUGUACCACUGGCAAGCCUCGAUUAUGGGUCCGCCAGACUCGCCGUAUGCUGGAGGAGUGUUCUUCCUUUCUAUCCAUUUCCCUACAGACUACCCAUUUAAGCCUCCUAAGAUCUCGUUCCAGACCAAGAUAUAUCACCCAAACAUUAACUCCAACGGUAAUAUCUGUCUUGAUAUCUUGAAAGAUCAAUGGUCUCCGGCUCUGACCAUCUCCAAGGUUCUUCUAUCUAUCUGUUCGUUGUUGACGGAUGCUAAUCCAGAUGAUCCUUUGGUUCCAGAGAUUGCUCACAUUUACAAAACCGACCGUGCGAAAUACGAGGCCACGGCAAAGGAGUGGACUAAGAAGUUUGCCAUCUAG